CCUCUCUUCCCACCACAGCAGGGUGAUCUGCGUGUUUUCCGAGGUGUCCCUGAAGGCAGCAUUGUAAGCUGAGCGGACGCAGCGUUUCCGUUGGAUCCGGGGGGACUGCUACCAUCGCUAAAUCUUUCAGAAACUUUUCGACAAGUUUUCACUUUUCUCCUCUCCAGGUUUUGAAAUUAAUUUACUCACAGGAUCGUGAUCUUCACCAGCCAUGGGUGUCGAAGGUGGAAUGAAGUGUGUCAAGUACCUACUUUUCUUUUUCAACUUUAUUUUCUGGUUAUGUGGCCUGGCACUGAUUGUCGUGGGAGUCAUGGUGCAGGUGUCUCUGCACAAAACCUUCAUGAUUCGAGACGCGUCAGCCUCAGGAGCUCCCAUUUUCAUCAUCGCAGUUGGCGUCUUGAUUUUCUUCAUUGCCUUCUUUGGAUGCUGUGGAGCCUGGAAAGAAAACUACUGCAUGGUCACCACGUUUGCCAUUCUCCUCACUAUAAUCAUCAUUGCUGAGGUUGCAGCAGCAAUCGCUGGAUAUGUCUACAGAAACAAGCUCUCACAAGUCGUCAACGAUAGCCUCACUGACAUGAUAGGCCAGUACAAGAACAGCUCCAAGGACUUCCAGAGCAGCGUGGACCAACUGCAGGAGGACUGGAAGUGCUGUGGUGUGAACGGCUCAGCUGACUGGAGAAACUUCGACUCUAGUGGGAAGUCAGUGCCGGAUUCAUGCUGCCUCAACGUCACUAAAGGCUGUGGAAAAGACGCCAUUUCAGACCCCAGCAAAGUGUAUCAGAAGGGCUGUCAUGAUGUUUUGGUGGAUGCGGUGAAGAGCAACAUCCAGUGGGUGAUAGUUGCAGCGCUUGUUAUUGCGUUCCUGCAGAUUGUGGGGAUUGUGUUCGCCUGCUUGUUGAUGAGAAGCAUUCGCAGCGGCUAUGAAGUCAUGUGACACAACCACGUAGCUGUUGGCCGGUCAGCUCACGCUUAGGAGCUUCAUUUCAAGUUUUAAGUAAACUAACCUUAUACUCAGAACAAUGUUUCCCUCUCAGUUCAACUGUGGGUUAUAUUCUUAUAGAGGAGCAAUCUUCCUGCUUUUUCUCAUGCAUUGUAAAAGUUAAUGUUCAUGAAUGUUCUGUGUUAAGACGAGUCGAUGCGCUGCUUGUACUGAAUCCAUUUCAGGUCUGUUGGUGUCUUACUGGUUUCCUGGUACCAUUUUUAAUAAAGAAAUUUAAAGUUA